AUGGAGCAGAUUUGUGAAAGCAGAGAUCCUUGGAUUGUGGACGAUUCUUCAUUGAGGCAAGCCUGCGUUCUCGGCCGAGGGAGCUUCGGAUCUGUAACUCUCAUAGGCGAUCCUCAAUUACGAGCCUACGCAAAGAAGACAUGUCCGAUAAACCUCUUCAGUAAUCUUGAGAAAGAACUCGACAUCAUGUUACGUUUCCACAGCCAUCCUUGCAUCGUGCAAGCUAAAAGCCCUUUUGUUCACUUGGAGAACAACACAAGAAAUUGUUACAUCUAUAUGGAAUACGCCAACAAACGUACUCUCCACAAGAUGAUCUCCGAGUUUCGUGGGAAACCAUUACCUGAAUAUAUGAUCCAACGUGAAGCUCGUAUGAUCUUACAAGGACUCGAGGCUCUUCACGCUAAAGACUACGUUCACUGCGACCUCAAGCCAGGCAAUAUAAUCCUCUUCCACUCCACCACUUUUGGAGAGCCGUUCGAUUUUUAG